CACACCGUGUUUCUUCAGAGAGAACAGAGAGCUGGGUUUUGGAGCUAGCUUUCUUUUCAUAAUAUAUCAAUUGCAAAAAUUUAGACAAAUGGGAAGAAUAAUUCCAUCAGUGACAGUGCUUUUACUGGUGUUUUUGACUUCUAAAGCUUUUGAAAUUGAGAUUACACCUGAAGACAAUGUUGCUGCUCAGAUUGGAGAUAAACUUGAGCUGACCUGUAGUACUAUUGGCUGUGAAUCCCCAAGUUUCUCUUGGAGAAGCCAGUUGGACAAGCCCCUAGAUGGGUCAGUGAACAGCAAGGGGAACCGCUCCAUCUUGACUAUGGAUCCUGUUGGCUUUGGGAAUGACAAUGAGUAUCUCUGCAGUGCAUGUUGUGACAAUGUGAAAAAAGAAAAAAGCAUCAAGGUUGAUGUUUACUCUUUUCCCAGUGAUCCAGUCAUUGUGAUCAGCACACCCCUGAAUGUUGGGGAAAAAGCCAGUAUCACCUGUAUGGUUCCCAAAGUGUAUCCUUCUGAGCGUUUGAAGAUGCAUCUGGACAAAGAUGGAUCUGUUCUUGAAACCAAAGAAUUUUUAGAGGAAGAAAGCACCGAAACCACAGAGACAAAAAGUCUGACAUUGACUUUUAUCCCCACCUUUGAAGACAUUGGGAAAGCGAUUACUUGUGUGGCUGAAUUACCAAUUGAUGACAUGAAAUUUGAACCCAAGAAAAGACAGACUUCACAGAGAUUGAGUGUAAACUUUGGUCCUCAAAAUACCAACAUCACUGUGUCUCCAAGCAACACAACCAUGCAGGGGGAAACUCUGAUGCUCACUUGUAGCACUACAAGUAAUCCACCAGCAAGGAUUGUUUGGAGGAAAGAGCUAGAGGAUUCAAGUGUUCAGCACAUUAUAGACAAUGACACCCUUAUCAUUCCACAUGCCCAGAUGAGUGAUUCUGGGUUGUUCAUCUGUGAAACCAUAAAUGAUGCAACGAAUAAAACAGAGAGAACAACAGUGGUCAUUUCUGUACAAGAUGGACCAAGAAAUACGACGGUCUCUGUCACCCCCUCCGCCACAGUGAAAGAAGGGGGAGCUGUGACAAUGACAUGUACCAGCUCUGGUAAUCCAGCUCCAAAGAUCUCCUGGACAAAGCAUUUGAUCAGUGGAGUGUCGCAGUUUCUUUCUGAAAAUGCAACUUUAACUAUAAAUAAUGUAAAGGCUGAAGACUUGGGGCUUUAUCAGUGUGAAGGAGUUAACCAGUUUGGAAGAGAGAAAAAAACUGUGGACUUAAUUGUUCAAGUUCCUCCCCAGAAUACUCCAGAGUUAAUAUCUCCAUCAGACAAUGUUGAUGAAGGGGAAAAUAUCACUAUUAUGAGUACAACUUCUAGUAAUUCACCACCACAGACAGUCCCGCAAAAGAUCCAUCUAAGCAACACAACCAUCCUCUCAUCACAGAAUGACACCUCUACACUCUAUAGAGUCAUCAAAAAUUACACAGACAUAUACCUGGUUGCUUACAAUGAGACUGGAAAUAACACUGAUGUGAUUGAGAUAGCUGUUGUAGAAAUGGUGAAAGAAAGAGAUUAUGUGAUUCCUGUGAUUGUUGUGCUCUCUUGUUUAUCACCAAUGGCAAUCCCUGCACUUGCAAUAUUGGUUUACAUGUCAAGGAAAGCAAAGAUAAAUGGAUCUUACAAUCCUGUAAACACACCAAAACCAAAUGUUUAAGCAAGUGACUAACCUUCUUCAUUCCAUGACAUUAUAUGACAUGCAACAUUAUAUGACUUUUUGUAACAUUGUCGUGAAAAACAUGAAAAAAUGGUCUGUUCUGUGAUAAAUAACGACAGCCUUUACAUUAAAGGGAAAAAUAAGACACUGCCUUAGAAAUAGGUGAAUCGCUUCCCUAUUGAAGCAUGCUCAACAAGAAGAGUUCUUCGAAGUGCUAAGUUUGUAGAUAGUAUCCCAUUUCCUGUACAUAUGUAUUAUAAACACAUUCAAGUGAACACCAGUUUGGAAAUUCCAAUAUCCUAUUGCAGCUGUACAUAGAAAUGUUGUUUCCUGAGAUAUAAAUCAACACUAUUUGAACUGAUUAGACUAUUUUGGCAUUAUUUAAUAGUGAGUGUUUUAAAUAUAAUUUGUGUAAAUAUAUGUUGGUGGUACUUUCCUACUGCAUGUAAUGUGUUCCACGUCCUCCUCUUAUUUAUGCCAACAUAACUCCAUUGGCUGCAGUAAAACUGCAUAGUAUAAAUGAGAAGAGAAUUUGGCCUUUUGUUUCUAAGUAAUUGUCACAAAUGUAAAUCCUUCAGAGUCAAUUAAAAACUUUUAAACUUUUGUUUAAUAAAUGUGCCAAAGCUUUUGAUACGCAUGUAACAGUUAUAAAUGUAAUUCAGCAAGUAUCUGUUUGGGGUUAAGUUAUAAUCAACUGUAGCAUGUGAGAUGUACAAUGGUAUGGUAUUUAUUUGGGGUCUUGUCACUUUAAAGUAUAUAACAAGAUUUUCAUUGACUUCACUGUGGGCAGGCCCAUAAUUUAGAAGUUAACUCUAAAUAGACAUGUUUUAUAGACUUUCACACUACAAUAAAUCCACCUUGGGGUAUUGCUGUUAAUCAUAAAAGGUAAUAAGGGUCCAAUACACAUAUUCAAGUUUUAUUGAAUAGACAAAGAAUUUGUUAGGCCCGUCGUAAAAAAAAUUGACAACAUAUUUAGAUGCAGUUUCUACAUAUUUCACUGUCUCCUGUUCUUGGUACUGUAUUUUUGUUCAUAGAAAUGUUUAUUCAGUUAAAAUUCCCAACCAAUGCCCAUGUAAUAGUGAGAUGGAACAUGUAUGUUUGCUAUAUUCCCACUUGUUAAUCCUUAUUUCUUUGAAAAGCAAAGUGGUCAAAACGCUGAAACUAGGUGGUGUAUUUAUUUGUUUAGUUUUCUAUCUUGUAUGGUGUGUGUAGCAAUAAUGGGACCCAGGACACAGACUAGCCUGUAUGAGGGAAAACUCAGAGAGUUAAUGUGUACAUUCUAUAGAUGGCACCAAUACAAAAGCAGCAGCUGCUGUAGACUUAGUAAGUAUUAUUAAUUAGUUGUCACAAAGCAGUAUAUGGUCCUGGGUACUAGAAAAUUCUGUCAGGAGAAGAAAUGAAGAGAUGUCAGUCUGUUAAUCUAUGUAAAAGGCACCUAACAUACUGCUUCUACCAAUCCUGAAGAAAGAAAGAUCUUCCCUAGUUAAGGAAGCAUGCAAUAAAGCAGGACUCAGGGCCUGGAACACAACUCCAAGGGAGUAAAAAGUCUGCCAGGAUCAUCUCUUCUUAACAAUACUUUGGGCCUGGCUGGGCCUCUCAGAGUUGAAUUUGCCCCCUAGAACUUCACACUGGUUCUCUCCCUUCUGCUUGGAAAGGGGGACCUUCCACAGCCUCUGUGGCAUCAUUGUGAUGCUGGCAGGCCAGGUGCCAACUUGUGCCAAGGCUUUAGGCCCAGCCAAACACUGACAAAUUAAUUGCUGGGAACCUGUCUCUGUGUUAGUAUGGUUAAGAGGGUAUGUUUAGUGUUUAGACCUUAUGAAAUGCUUGUAAGUUGCUGCAUGCCUUAACAUCACAGAUAAUUUCUUUAUCACAUGCUACGUGGUAACAUUUAAGUUUUUGCUUUGUAACUAUACAAACUUUGAACCAGGCAGGAGGGAUCUCCUGCCCCUCAAGAAGGCCUAUCAAAAAUAAGUGUGCCACUGUGGAACAUCACAAUACAAAGACAUUGUUAAUUAUCCCCUUGCACCUAUGAAGAGGCUACAUGCAAAAGGGCUUGUCCCAUAAGCUUGAAUUCUGGAAGAAGAAAAUAAAAACAGCUGACAAGACAUUUUUUUUGUCUCUUUUGCUGUUUGACUCUUACAAGGCCAGAGCUAUGAAACAGAAUCUGAGAUCCCCAGGGUCAAUCUGGGUUAGCCCUAAAAGACAUUUAGAGCUGACAGAUCACUACAACGUAUCACUUUGUAAAACCAUAGACUAACGCAUUUGUAUGUAUGCUUGCUUGCUACCUUUAACUUUGUAAUAAUUCUAAUUCUUUUCUUAGUUAAUAAAUCCAUAGAUAGUUUACUAUAGGUUUGGCUACAGUGUUGUCUUUGGUCUGAGCUCUGAGAUACCAAUUAACCUGGGGUUAGUGAUAGGUCUCCUGGGACAGGGAGUUACCUGAAUAUUUGGUGAUCUUUGGUGUAGAGCAUUACGCCUAGCUUGCCUGGGUGGCGAGAUGAACUGGAAUGCCCAAGGGGACAGUUCGUGACACCACAGUAAGACUGUUUAGUGCUUUAGUAGUUCACAUUUAUUACUGGGCUGGUGAAAUCUAGUUAUAGCAUAUACAACCAGUUUGGGGCUUCUGCCCUGCUUCUUGACAGUCUGCCCUGAAGUUGGCACUCAUGGUCGUGAGCCACUCCAGACAGCGUGACAACCAUCAUCCUUCCUUCCAUUCUAGUAGAGGGGGUGGAGACUGACUACCAGUCCUACCAAUUCAAUCAAUGUCUAGUAUUAAAGAGAGUAAGCACAAGUAUGUGCUAUUCUCAUUUUUAUCUGUAGCUAUCAGGAACGUACUCUCUUAAUAUUGUUGUUAAAUCACAUUUAUUGAAAACCACUUCAUACUAACACUUCAUGUUAACUACAGAAAUAAGUACCAGUUCUCAGCAAGUUUCUUUCAUAUCUUGUCUCAUCACAGAUGGGUUCAAUUAUUAACAUUUCUUUUGUUUCCAUUAAUGUUAAC